AUGUUUGCCCUAAAAGUCGUUCGCAUUCUUCUCGUCUUUUCUCUCACUUUCGUCUUCUGCUCUUCGGCCAAAUCCUUCCUCAAAGGACUCAUCCUCGGCAGUCUGUUGGGCCACAAGAAGGCGUCGCUGUUGCACGAGAAGGGCGAGGAGAAGGACGUGCACUACGAGAAGGAGUACGUGCCGAUGCCCGUCCACAAGGAAUCUCAGUUGUCAUCAAAACAAUACAUUUGUCUCCUCUCAGCAAAGAUGAUUAGCUUCUCAGCAGUCGUUGUGCUGAUCGUCACGACUCUCGUCCAGAAGUCGUCGUCGCAAUUGAUUCGUCCGAUAAGUAUUCCCGGAAUCUUCUCAAUGAUCCGCUUCCAGAACACGGCCUGUAAUGGCGAGAGCGACGAAGGCGGCACUUGUCUCUACGAGAACGAAUGCCUGAACCGAAAGGGACAAGUGAUCGGUCGGUGCGCCAACGGAUUCGCCGCUUGUUGUUCCUUCAAGUUCACGUGCAAUGGCGAGACCUCGCAGAACGAGACCCUCUUCGUGAACCGUCAGUAUCCCGAGCACGAGAACGACACCAACACGUGUCAGGUGACCAUCAAGAAGCUGCCCAACGUGUGCCAACUCAGACUCGACUUCGAGGAGUUCCAGUUGUCGCAGCCGGACGAGAACGGCUUCUGCACGACCGACUCCUUUAUGGUGCGCACGACAGUCGGCGAACGCCUGCCCAUCGUGUGCGGCGAGAACGGCGGUCAACACAUCUACGUGGAUAUGGGGCGCGGAUCCGCGAAUCCCGUCGUCCUCUCCAUUGUGACGAAUGGCAACAAAUCGAUCCGCAAGUGGAAGAUCAAGAUCAAUAUGAUUCCGUGCAAUAACCUCGAUAUGGCGCCGUCCGGAUGUCUGCAGUACUUCCGGUCGCCGACAGAUGUCAUCAAAAGCUUUAAUUUCGGACCGAAAAUCGAGUAUAGGGCGCGCUAUUUGGCGAACUUGCGGUACACGGUCUGCAUCCGCACUGAAGAGAACUUCUGCGCCAUCAAGUGGGAGACGGCCGAAACGGGAUCCUUCCUCUUCGGCGCGCCCUUCGAGGGCAAGGACUCGGAGAUCGGCGAGUGUUCGCAUCCCUUCCCCUUCGUGGCGCUCGAUUCGGGCAAAUCGGGCAAAAAGCUGCCGUCAGAGACGAUGUCUGGACUGCCGGGAGUCGUGCCCGCGGAACACGACCCCCUCUUCCCCACGAGACUCUGCAACGGCGGCGCCAGUGGGCAACUGUGCAACUUCGACGACUUCGUGGGCAUAGACCAGGGCUCGCUGGAGGGCACGGGUCAGGGAGAAGACCGCUUCUGUGGCUCCAAACUCCUGGACCACGACUUUGUCAUUUCGCGGUCGAAGCCGUUUCAGCUGAAAGUGCGGACAAAUGGCGACCACUUUAACAACGCGUUCAACAGCCAAAUCGGUAACCAAUCAUUUCGCGCCAUUCAGUGCUAA